AUGGCGUACAACCUAUUAUGCAACCCCAACGAAAGCUCGACUUUUAAAGGGAUGUCGGAGUUCGAGUGCCAGGCAAUAGAAAGAAAAGACAAGGAAAAAGUGGCUCUGCAGAUGAAAAACAUCGGAGAGAAGGACCUCAAAGCCCUUACUUUUGUGGAGAAUUUUAAGAAGCAUCAUGGUGAUGGAAUCUCCACACUUUGCCUUGUUUACAAUGCAACUGGGGACACCGGUGCCUUUCUGCAUGUCCAAAGCGUUGGAAAAGCAUCUGCCAGCAACGUUGUGUACAACGGCAAGGCCAAGGAUGGUGAGGACCGGGAAUGGAUGCUGACGUGGAGCAACAAUAGGUUUCCGGUUCAUACUGAGAAUCGACCAGCUGAACACUAUGUGAGUAAUGUUGGUUGGAUCCCCAUAAUCUAUGAUGGUUUGAAUUAA